UGCAGCACAGAAGUCUGAGGCAACUAUAGUGGGAGUAAAGAGAGAGGAGAGAGUCGAGUGCACGGGACGGACACCGCUCAUUUUAACAGUAUAAGAAGGUGGUGUACUUGGACCUUGUUUGCAGAAACGUAAUAGAAGGUGAGGAAACCUGCAGCGCAGACAAAGAGUUAUUUUAGCGAGCUGCCUGCAGAGACACACAAACUUCCCCAACAUCUGGUCUGCUGGAGGACGGGGCGAGCCGGAGUGAGAAACUUUUGGAGGCGGAGAGAAAACUAUCUCCGCUGGAGAAAAAAAAAAUGCAUUGAUUUUGGAGUUUUGGGGGCACCUACAUGAGGAGAGGAGAGUUUUGGCGGUCGUGUAAAGUGACAAGAGUGGGGGGGAAGAGGACGGGAAAGGUCUCGGAGGUCGAGAAGUCCACCUGGAGCGGUCAGAGAAUGAAUUAGCCAAAGGCUCGGCUGCUCACAGUCACAGCCAGAGAGAAGGUAAGAAGUUGCUUUCCUUGUGCUGUGUUGUCCUAGAUCAAAGCGAGUUAUCGUGCAGUAUAAACCCAGGCAGAAAAAGGAUCCCCACCGUGGAGCUGAACACGGUCUGAGCAUGCAGGGACUCGUUUUGGGAAAGCAGGGCGCAGACCUGCAAUAAAGGCUCACUCCUUGGCCCCUCCACCUCCUCCAACAAGAGCCAGGCCCUAUGUCCAUGGAUGAGGAGAGGAGUGUCCCUGCCAUCUCCCCAGAGCCACCUGAUGAUGGGGACCCCAGUCCACCAGCUCCACAACCAAGUUCACAUGCAACCUCCACCACGGAGAGAGCAAACAGCUGCCAAAACCCAAAGCCCUGUCCUAGUGAAGAUGUGGCCCACAUCUAUACUGAGCCCCUCAUAUUGAGGUCAAAUGGCACCCCAGAAAGGCUGCAAGGCAAUGAUGGAGACAAUUGUAACAGCAGCCUCUCACACUCAGAGCUUACAACGCCCAACAAGAGUAUCACAUCACAACCAGCAGCCAGAUCCACGCCCAUCCACCACACCCAGCCAUGUCGGACACAGCCCAGCAGCCAACUACGCAACGGAGCCAAGCACCACUCACACACACACUGUCCGCACCACACGCACACGACACAUGCACUCCAGUCCAACGGAGUCAGGAAUGGGGGCCCUCACGACCAUCCUAAGCUGGGCUCCCUCCCAAGAGGUGGCUCAUCCACCUCCUCGUCCUCUUCGGCGGGACCCAAACACACCAAGAAAUUACAGUCCAACCCUUCCAUCACCUCCCAGAGCAGCAAGAGGAGCAAGAGCAGCUCCAAGAGCAACAGCUCCCAGAUUCCCACAGAGGCACAAGACGACUGCUGUGUUCACUGUAUUCUGGCUUGCCUCUUUUGUGAGUUCCUAACUCUGUGUAACAUCGUGCUGGACUGUGCCACCUGCGGCUCCUGCGCAGGGGAUGACGCGUGUUUCUGCUGCUGCUGUGCGACCGAGGAGUGUGGCGACUGUGACCUGCCCUGUGACAUGGACUGUGGCAUCAUUGACGCCUGCUGUGAGUCUGCAGACUGCCUGGAGAUCUGUAUGGAGUGCUGCAGCCUUUGCUUCUCCUCCUGAGACCCUGGCCGCCACCACUGCAGGGGGGAGGGGCAAAGUAGAUGCCUGCUACACACUCCUACAAGCCCAGGAACAACUUCGACCAGUGUUCUCAUCGGAGCUGAGAAGCGCUACACACAGUCUUUGUUGCCUGGGCUCUGUGGCUCACACUAUAUUGGCUGGCCUAGUUGGCUCCACAAUAUGUCCAAUAUUUCUUACAGGGUUUGCCAAGCAAAAGAUGUGAUCUAAUGCUGAGAGCAGUCACUGGUGAACUCUUCCUUCCUUUAUUGAUCAAACGAUGGGACAGGAACUUCCCCUGCUUUGUCUUUGUUGUCGGUCCAUUGCUACACAGCUGGGCGUAUGGUGCAGAGUGAGUUCCAGCUGUGGUCCGCAAGAGUCUGCCAGGCUGUGCAGCCCCUGGACCCUCACUGAACAAGCUAUUAUUACAAUGGAGCCCCUUGUGCCGUCUGAAUGACUGGAGUUCUCCAAGCAUGAAAAAUGACCUCCAAAGGCAAAUGAGAAAAUGGCUCCAUUUAACCGGAUUUUAGUGUUUCUGUAGAUAAGAGCAGCAGCGUAAUGGGAAAAUGGACGCUCAGAUCUCAGUAGAAAUGUAGUCUGUCCUCCUGUCCUUGGCAAGGUUAAAGCCUUCCAGUUUGAUCGCUUACAGUGGCCUUUGCGACACACACACACAGUCCAAGUGGUGUCGAAUCCACCGCUGUCUUCGUCCUUGUUGCAAUGUACAAACUAGAGAAAACAUUAACGGUGGCUUGUGGCAAUAUUAUAGACAGAUUUCUUUUGAUAAUAUGCAUCUCACUUAAAGGACUCAUUUAGAGAGGAGUCACAAGAGCGUCAUGCAUCAGCCCAGAGAUGGGUCUCUUUAAAUGAGUACUGUAAGUGUUGGACAUCACAGAGCGAACGGUUGAUAGCAUCGACAAUGGACAUAUUCUCUACUCAAACAUGUGAAGGGAGAGAGCUCUUAAUCAAAAGUCUCUCCUCAUUUAAUGUUUCACAUUUUGUUUACUUUUCCAUGUUUUUUGAGGGGCUUUGACUGUAUUCAGUGAAUCCUUCCUCAUCCGAUUGGUCAGAGCUGGAAAAGGACUGGUAGAGGAUUGGAAGGCAUCAUCUCCUUUUUAAUACAUUUCAUUUUCCUUUGUCAUUCUUGCUAUGUGAACAAAUGGCCUUGGCUUGGCUUAAGGCCUGAAUUUUCAAGUAGAUUCCUCGCCUUUACCAAAUCUCUAUUAAUCCUUGUUUUGUAGAUUUUAGUUAAGAUAUUUGCAUUUCUCCUCUAAUGUGAAAAUCACAUUUCUGUGUUAUCGGGUUUCGCCGGGCUCUCUGUAGAGCAGACAUUGCUCAACAUCUAAUUUAAUUCCUUGAGUGAAAAUCUCACAACAUUAUGCUAAGAUAGAUCCAUAUGCUCGUAGUAUGAAUGGUACACUUUUGAUAACAGGCCCGCGCUCUCAUAUGCUCAGACGCAUACCUUCUCCAACCCAAUACCUCUUGAGAUGUCACCUAGAUCUGUUGUGCAUUUUAAAAUGACUUGAUGCAAAUCUCUGUCCUCUCUGAUCAAAUACUGUUUGUGCAAUCCUUUUCUCUUGGAAAUACCAAAGAGUUUUCCUCUUACUGGACCUUAGUUUCUAGACCUAUAAUUACUUGUACAUAGAAGGGUUUUUGCUAUGCUAAUAUGGCUGUGGUUGAUUAAACCCUAUUUUAAGGGCUGAAAUCUAACACUGUUGAUGAUGAAUAUACACUACGGCUGUAAUCGACCUGAUAACACAGAAGCAGAAUACGCAAGUUUUGGGAAUUCAGCUAAUGCAACUUGAGAAGAUAAUAUGACUCCUCGUGUCUGUUAAUAUCAGAUUGGAUAUGUUUCAUAUCUUGAGACAUGUUCAAACUUAACUGAGACAAAAUCCUGGAAAGCCCUGGAAAACAAUGCAAUUCUUUACAAUACAGAGAGAUUUAUGAAGGGAGAACUGGAUUGUAUACUGUUACGUAUAGAAAUUGUAACAAUGUCACUUUGUUUGAUUUACAAGAUAUUCAAGUGCAGAUUCUGAUGAGGAUGAUGCUUCAUCUAGGCAUGUGCUUUCUGUCACCAGACCAACCUUGUCACAAAAAGAAGUAUAUCGUGAUAAAUAUCUGCUUUGUGCGCAAGGUCAAGCCAUUUGAGUUUGAAACCAAAAGAAACACUGCAUCGUUACAAAUAAUAAAAACAGCUUUGUACCACUGGAAUGCAGUUUGUACAUGUACAUAGCUACAGAGCCAACAAGCUAAUGUUAGCAUAACUGGCCUCCACUGUUGACAAUGGCACGGCAGAGUAGCCAGCAGUGUUAAAAUAAACAAUUCACCUUGCUAUUAUGCAAGUUACUUGGUCAAGCAAACAGGAAUAUUAAUACAUAUUAUCAUAUGUUUCCCUCUGGCUCAAUUUACUGCUAAAACAAUAGGUUCACUGUUUUUAACCCAACCCAAUUGACAUGUUGUUUCCUAUCAUUUAUGACUGUGCAUAACCACAGCCUCACUCUAGCUCAAGUUUCAAGACUCUUGCCACUCUGCUGCAGCCUCUCACUGGGCUCAAACACUGUCCAAAGGGGCGAUGUAUGAGACCUUCAAAAUCCAGCUCUCGUAAAUGGGAAGCUCACAGACAGGCUUAUCCGUGGUCUCAAACCUUGGUUUCUAUUAUACUGGAUUUUAUUUUGCUCAAAUUCCUGCUGUAGCUGGAAAAAUAAAAUCAACAAUACCUACCUGUAAUAGAAAGCAACUCUCUCUUUUUUUUUGUUUUUUACCAGUAAAUCAUUUAAACAUGUCUGGCCCUCCUUUGCGGUUCCCACUUUCCAAAAGUAGCUUCACCAGGUUUUUUUAAAAGGUAAAAAUUCUCCUUUUGGACUGUAAAGUGCAGUGAGAAUGUGCAGCAGAGUGGUAAGCCUGUCAAUGCUAAAGCUAAGUUGUGCCAUGCUGCAUAAAUCAUGUGAAACAACAUUUUUAUAAGGUCUGGGUUGAAAAACAGUGAACACAUCAUUUAAAUUUAAUUUAAUAGUGUUGGAAUAAUUUUUUUAUGACUUAGUCAUUAAAUACUACUUUAUGUCUAUACUGAGAAGUGCUUCACAACUAGUGGAGAAUAGAGGCAGUUUGGAGGCAGAAGAAACACUGAUUGGUUGGUCUGAUGAUGGAGAACGCUAUCUAGACAUAGACAGUCCCCAGAUGAACACUAGUCUUGCACCUAGACCAUUCUCUGGACUCUAAAAAUGAUUUGGAGAUGUGGAUUUGAUGUUGUGUUUCAUCUCAUUUCCAGAUAUGUCCCUUGUUUGUCCCUUGUCAAGCUAUCAGAGCAAUACUGGAAGAAAACACUAGUUUCAUUUCAAUGAUUUCCAUACUCAGUAUUAUCAGUAUUUUUGUUGGAUUACCUUGACCACAGAAAUUUCUAACUGUUGACUUUUGUAGAUUUAUUAUGUUAUUACGAGAUGAAACUUGGAUAUUGAUUUAAAGGGCUGGCCACCUCUGCUAGUAGCCUGAAAGUUAUCCUAGCCCAGCUGAAUUGUUAUUAGACUGUAGUCCACUAUAAUGUCAUUUUGUUUACACUACCCCAAUUUAAUGUCAAUUUGAAUUGCAGUCCUGGAAGUCACAUUAAAAUCUCUUUGUUUAAUACUGAAUAAACAAUGUGAACUCCA